AUGAUGGCCAAGACAACCCACGCCCUUCAUGCUCUCAUCGCCUCGUGCUUUCUCUUCCAUUAUUAUUGUCUUUAUUUGUCCCCCUUCUUUUACGUUCUCAUGCUCUCUCUCUCUUAUAAUAUUAAUAGCAGUGCUAUACUGCUCCUACUAGUAUAGUUUAUUCUCAUAUAUUUGCAUUAAGCUAAUAAUAAAACAUAUAAUGGAUUACCAAAAAAGGUUUUACAAAUAUAAUAGUAAUUACAUUAAUGUACCAUUACUAUUACCACUUCUUCUUUGUAUAUUAAUGGGGAAUAAUAAUAAUAUUAAUAAUCCGUGGUCGUUUGGUUUAGCUGCUUCUUUAUCCAACAACAACAACACUAAUAGUAGUGAAGUUUUAUCAAGGACGAUAUUCAGCUUUGGCGAUUCCCUUUUGGACGCCGGAAACAACCACUUCAACAAGAAUUGCUCUUCUCAAGCUGAUUUCCCUCCUUACGGCUCCACUUUCUUCCAUCGCCCCACCGGCAGAUUCACCAAUGGCAGAACGGUUGUCGAUUUCAUUUCGGAAUAUAUUGGGAUUGAUUUGCAGAAACCGUUCCUUGAGGCACAGAUGGCGGUUUCCAAUGGGACUUGGAAGGCUUAUCCCUCCAAUGGAAUCAACUUUGCCAGCGCUGGCAGCGGUGUUUUGGGGGACACGGGCAGCAUUUUUGGAGUCACCUCACUCCAAGUUCAACUACAACAAUUCAAAAUGGUAGUGGAACAAAACCACACAGACGAAAAGAGCAUAAAAAACUCGUUAUUCUUCUUGGAGUCAGGAUCCAACGACAUCUACGGCUACUUCUUACAAUUUGAUAACUCAUCACAGAAGCCAGAAGUGUUCAUCCAAACAAUGUUGACUGAGGUUGGUAAGUUAGUUGAACAACUUUACAAACUCGGGGCUCGUCGGAUUGGACUGCUUUCACUAGGGCCAGUGGGGUGUGUGCCCGCCCGAGUGCUCAUAGGUGGCCCCACCAAGAAAUGUUAUGGGAAGAUGAACAAAAUGGUGAAGGAUUACAACAAAGGUUUGGAAAGUUUGGUCAAAGACAUUCCUAUUAAGUACCCCAACAUGGUUGCAAUUUAUGGCUCAGUUUAUGAUAUCGUUCAGCGAUUUCGUAUGGUUCCAUCGCGUUAUGGUUUUAAAAAUGUGUCAGAAGCAUGUUGCGGCGAGGGAGUUCUAAGAGGAGAAGUUCAAUGUGGUAGAGAGGGAUACAAAAUAUGUGAGAAGCCAGAAGAGUAUCUGUUCUGGGAUUACUUCCAUCCAACCGAGCACGCUUACAAAAUCAUUUCCAAGGCUUUAUGGACAGGCACCACCCUCCGAAUCAGACCCGUCAAUAUCAAAACUCUAGCCUACAUGACCCUCUAGAUGUACUACUACCUACUUAAUUCCUCAUCCUCAUCAUCAUUACUAUAUACAUUAAUAUGAUCAUAAAAUAUUAGGCUAUUAAUUAGGAUAAUUUCAAAAAUAAAUCACAUAAACUCUCAUACAGUCAUAUGUGUUAAUUCUG